AUGGCGGACGCAGAGAAGAAGACGAUUCACAUUGACGAGGAGGUCGGUCAGGACGGUGCCGAAGCCGACGGCUCGCAGACCAAGCCAUACAAAUCCGUGCAGUUCGCAUAUCUGCAGCAACACACGGAGCAAACCACAUACCUGGUGCUGAAGAAGGAGGGCGAUGAGACCGAGGCAACAUGGAAGCCUGCUGCAAAAGCCGCGCUGAAGAAGGCGGCCAACUACGCAGCAGCGCAGAAGAAGAAGGCCGGCAAGGAAGAGGAGCUGGCUCUGCGCAACAAGCAGGAGGAGGCCGACCGGCAAAGGGUGUACGACGAGGCCAAGAAGAUCAUACUCAAGGAGGAUAGCUCACUUCCCAAGGCUGUGAAGAUUCACCUGGGCGAGAAGCGACCCGAGGUGGUCAAGCUGGGAAGUGGUGAGCGGCCCAAGGACCUCGACUACAGCAGCGGCGCGCGUGGCACCCGGGUGCGCGUUAUGGGCCGCGUGCAUCGCUUCCGCAACCAGAAGGAAGUGCUCUUUGUGACUCUGCGUGAUGGCCACGGCUUCAUGCAGUGUGUCCUGACCGGCCAGCUGGUGAAGACAUAUGACGCCCUCACCCUGACCCGCGAGUCGAGCAUGAUGAUCACCGGCGAGAUGUGGGAGGUGCCAGCGGGUGCUCAUGCUCCAGAUGACCGGGAGUUGCACGCCGACUACUUUGAGGUCGUCGGCAAGGCCCCUGGUGGCGACGACGCCAUCACCAACAAGGUGCAGGAGAAGGGUGACCCACAGACUCUGCUCGACCAGCGCCAUCUUGUCCUCCGCGGCGAGAAGGCUUCUGCGGUCAUGUUCGUUCGCGACGCCGUCGAGCACGCCUUCAACGUCAAGUACCAUGAGCUCGGCUACUGCAAGGUUUCCCCACCAGCGCUCGUGCAGACCCAAGUCGAGGGCGGCAGCACUCUGUUCUCCUUUGACUACUACGGCGAGCCAGCCUACCUCACCCAGUCCUCGCAGCUCUACCUCGAGACGGCCAUUCCCUUCGCCGGUAACGUCUACUGCAUCGAGAAAUCCUUCCGUGCCGAGAAAUCGCUUACCCGUCGCCAUCUGUCCGAGUACACGCACGUGGAGGCUGAACUCGACUUCAUCACUUUCGAUGACCUGCUGGUUCACCUUGAGGAUAUCAUGUGCGGUGUCCUCGAGUACGUUAUGGCCCAGCCACGUAUCGCGGCGCUGCUUAAGGAGCUCAACCCCGAUUUCCAAAUGCCACAGCGUCCCUUCAUGCGCAUGAAGUACGCAGACGCCAUCGAGUGGCUGCGGGAACACGACAUCAAGAACGAGAACGACCAGCCUCAUCAGUUCGGAGACGACAUCGCCGAGGCGGCCGAGCGAAGAAUGACCGACAUCAUCAACCGUCCCAUUUUCCUCACCCACUUCCCCGUCGAGAUCAAGGCGUUCUACAUGCAGAAGGACAAGGAGGACCCGCGUGUGACCGAGAGCGUGGAUUGUCUCAUGCCCGGUGUCGGCGAAAUCGUUGGCGGCUCCAUGCGCAUGGACUCCUAUGACGAGCUGAUGGCCGCCUACAAGCGUGAGGAUAUGGAUGCUGGCCCGUACUACUGGUACACGGACCAGCGUCGCUACGGCACCAGCCCUCACGGUGGUUACGGUCUCGGUCUGGAGCGCUUCCUCGCUUGGCUGUGCAAGCAGCACACCGUUCGCGAUACAUGUCUCUACCCGCGCUACAUGGGUCGUUGCAAGCCUUGA